AAAAUAAAAUUUCAGACUCCAUUUCAAUUUUCGUAAACCCUGUUGCGCGCACUUCCUCCCUCGCUCAAAACCCUAGCCUCUUCUCUUCUUCCCCGUCAACAAUCCACACAAAACAACAGAGCACAGAAAAUGACAGGAGAAACAGUGAAUCCAAAAGCAUACCCUCUGGCUGAUGCACAGCUUACAAUAACAAUAAUGGGUUAUUGGAAGAUUUCUCCCGAAAUCGUUACUUAAAGCCCAUGCCCAUUCUAAAAGCCCAUUAUAUUCCACAAAUCCUUUUAUUUCUCUCUGUAACUCUUCUCAACAUCCUUUGCAGCCACAAACCCUAAAUCAGCCUGCGCUUCUCUGCUCCUUACUGCCGCCGCAGCCGCUCGCAGUCACCGACAAGAAGUUGCAACCAUGGGGCGAGUUCGUACCAAAACCGUGAAGAAAUCCUCCCGUCAAGUCAUCGAGAGGUACUACUCUCGAAUGACUCUGGAUUUCCACACCAACAAGAAGAUUCUAGAGGAGGUUGCUCUGAUUCCAACAAAGAGGCUUCGAAACAAGAUUGCAGGAUUCUCCACUCACCUUAUGAAGCGUAUCCAGAAAGGACCGGUUCGCGGAAUCUCCCUGAAGCUGCAGGAGGAGGAACGUGAACGUCGUAUGGACUUUGUUCCUGAAGUCUCUGCCAUUAGGACUGACCAGAUCAAAGUCGAUAAGGAAACUCUUGAAAUGCUUGCCGCUCUCGGUAUGUCUGAGAUUCCCGGCGUCGUCCAGGUUGAUCCGGUUGCAGUUCAGCCGAUCCCCUUUGGUCGCGGUGGUGGCGGCGCUGGUGCUCCUGGAAGGAGGUUUUAAGUUUAAGCUUUUUUCUAAUUUUUGUUAUGUCAAGACUAUUAGAUUUGUUUUACUUUUGAAAAAUGUUUUUGUUAUGGUUGAACUGGUUUAAGUUAUUGUAAUGGAAUUUUAAUAUAUAUAUUUUUUGCAUUCUGAA